CAGUCUGAUUUUGUUACAAGCAAUGAAUACAACAGCAUAUCCAAUUUAAAACAAAAGCCUGGAAUUAGCACAAAAGAGAAAAAUUGCGUUCACCGUUGACUCACACGAAAUUGUUCGAUUUUGGCACAAGAAAAUGGAAAUUACUCCGAAAAAUCAACAUACAAUUCCAGCAGCCGACUCGAUUCGAAAUAAGUAUCGCAAAUUGCCCAAAUCCAUUACGCCCGAAGAAAACUCUCAAAAAACGUUCAUAAAACUUCACAUUAAGACUGUCGAACAACAAUGUGACGUUAAGGCAAAAGUGCUAUCACAUUGGUGGUACACCGAGUAUGCGGACGAUAUUAUCGAUGAGUUACGGCGGACGGAGGCUUCACGACCAGCAUUUUUCAAACAAUCACCACAAAUCGCCUACCGCGAUUACUGCGUUAAUUUCAUGCGAGAAGUGGCUGAAAGUGAAUUAUUAUCCCGCACAACGUUGCAUUUGGCAAUUUACUACUUGGACAUUUUCAUGGACCGACAUCGUAUCGCUGUAGAUCGGUUGAGUUUAGUUGUGCUGUGCUGUCUGGGCAUUGCUUCGAAAUUGGAAGAUCGCGAUCAAGAUGUCCCAAAAUACUCGGACCUAAACGGUCAAAUGAACAACGUCUAUUGUAUUUCUGAUUACCAGAAACUCGCAGAACGAAUGAUAAUUCAGUCGUUCCAAUAUAAUCUCAUCUAUCCAACUGCUGCUGUAUUCGUUGAAUAUUAUAUGGAAGCUAGCGUUAGUGAAUCCGACUACCAAAAGAGUGACAAACAGUACAAUUGUUGCGCAGAUCUAAAAGCAACUGUUGCCGGUCGAAUCUUGGAAAUAUUAGAUUUGACGAUAAAUGAUUACGAAAUGGUACAGAUGUUACCAUCAAAAUUGAGCGCUGCUGUGGUGGCCGCUGGACGAAAAUUGGUUAACAUUGAAAAUGUUUGGACUACCGAAUUGGCAUUGCUGACCAAUUAUUUGUUCAAAGAUAUUGAGCAAUUGAUGCAGGCAUUAGUCAAAUGUCAUUCGGAAUUGGUCGACAGCAGUUCAUCGACGACAAUGUCGAAUUCAGAAUGAUUAACGUGUAGAUUACACACAAUGAAUUAUUGAAUGAAAUGAACAAAAUUAUCUUGAAUGAAA